AUGUUUGCCAGACAGCAGAUCCGCCUCAUACACUGCUCUUCUCGAGCUGCCAUCGGUCAACAUCGGUCUCUUGCGAAUGUGCCGCGAGCGGCUGCGGUCCUCAAGAUGACGCCUAUACCUCACCCCCAAUCCCCUCCUCUUCCCCCUCCCCCUCCCCCGCCGAAGAAGGAGCCAAAAAAGACCUCCAGCCCGUAUUACAUAGGAGGUGCUCUACUGGCAGGCGGUGUGACCUCAGCCCUCGGUCUCUACCUCCACUCCCGCCCCGCUUCCUCCCCUUGCCCACAGGCAUCUGCAUGUGGUACUCCCUCAGAAGAAGAGGAAGAAGACGAUAACCGGAGCAAUCUCUUGUUUGUAAUCCCCAAAGUCGAGUCUCUGCCUCACAAUUCGUUGUUGGAAUGGCAAAUGGCUCGAGCGUUCGGGGUAGAGUAUGAUGAAAGAGAUCGGAUCGACUGGGACCGGUUGAAUGACGUUGUGCUUCUGAAUGCAGGAACGCUUUCGGGCUCUAUAAGCGAGUGUCCAGGAUUGGAGCAGAUCAGCUCGCAAGACGCAUACGACUACCUAGUAAGGAGACAGAAUGACCUCGAUCCUGAAACAAUCAGCGUGAGAGACAAGAAUCAAAUCGAUAUGCUCUUGAUCUUGUUUGCCGACAAAAGUCGUUCUCCUGAUGAUGAGGACGCUCCUCUCAGCUACGCAACACAAUAUUGGUCUCACACUGUUAAGGGUCUUGCCUCAUGA